GGCACACGUUUUCAUCCAAACCUCUGUUUUUCCACAGCCUAUCGCUUUGUGGCUCAGCUCAGUUCCCUAUUGUUUAAUCUCUUAGAACAGACAGGGGAAAAACCCGCUCCGCUUGUUUAUAAACGGAUGUGACUUGAGCUGCAUCAUGAAUAGUUUGGGGACGUCUUUCCAUUGUAUACCUCUGGAAUGCUCGGGAUUACACGGCCGAAACCAGGAGAGCAUGUAAACGCAGAUGGAGUUUGGGAUUUAUUGCAAAAUAAGGGAAAGAUGACCGUCUUCUCGUUGUGCUUGCUCCUGUGCGCAGAUCUGCUGGAUUUAGCCGUCGGAUAUUUGACAGUUACCAUAGAGCCACUGCCUCCUGUUGUUGUUGGUGAGACUGUAACCCUCAAAUGUAACUUCAAAACCGAUGGAAGGCUGCGAGAGAUUGUUUGGUACAGGGUCACAGAUGGAGGUACAAUCAAGCAGAAAAUCUUCACCUAUGAUGCCAUGUUUAAUACAAAUUACUCUCAUAUGGAAGACUACCGCAGGCGUGAAGAUCUCGUGUAUCAAUCAACCGUCCGGCUCCCAGAGGUACGGAUCUCAGACAAUGGGCCUUAUGAAUGCCAUGUGGGCAUAUAUGACCGGGCAACAAGGGAGAAGGUUGUCCUGGCUUCAGGAAAUGUUUUUCUUACAGUUAUGUCUCCUCCAAACAACAUAUCAGUGCUGGCUGAGAACACUCCAGCCCCCUUCAGUCGAUACCAAGCUCAGAAUUUUACUCUUGUCUGCACAGCAAAAGGAGGAAAACCAGCCCCAUCGGUGUACUUUAAGCGUGAUGGUGAGCUGAUAGAGGUAAUUUCCUACACUGAACCCUCCACCAGCGAGCGAGCAGCCGGCUCAGCAGGAUGGAGAGGAGCCAGGCCACUCAUCAGCAGGGACCUUGAUGAGACCAAACUGCACCGUUCCCUCUCCCUUCUCGAUCCGGAAAGCCGGUCGGCCCGUCUGUACACAGAGAGCCCUCAGCGCAUUCAUACUCAGGGCCAGCAGGCCUAUGAACCCAGCCCUGCAACAGAGGUCAUUCCAGAGACAGUGGUGAGCCGAGAGUUCCCCCGCUGGGUACACAGCACGGACCCUCUGUACUACUUUAGUCACACUCAGAUCCCUCAGAGCGACGGCUCUGUUGUGGUACAGGCUCGACUUACCUGGACCCUCAACCCUCAGCUGGAUAACGAUGCCCUAUUCAGCUGUGAAGUUAAGCACCCAGCAUUAUCCAUGCCCAUGCAGACAGAGGUCACUCUGGCUUCUCCAAAGGGUCCUAAACUCUUCAUGACCCCCACUAGGGCAAAGGUUGGGGAUACAGUGCGCAUCUCUGUACAAGGAUUCCAGAAUGAAGUAUUUCCUGAGCCACUCUUCACCUGGACACGGGUGGGAGGUCGCCUACUGGAUGGCAGUGCCGAGCGCGAGGGGAGAGAGCUGAUUCUGGAGAGAGUGCCGGCAGAGCUCAACGGCUCUAUGUAUCGCUGCACAGCCCAGAAUCCUUUGGGUUCUACAGACACACACACUCGUCUCAUAGUUUUUGAAAAUCCGAGCAUGAUGAAAAACACGCAGAAUCCGAACAAUGAAGCCACUCGCACAGAAAAACGUGGACUGACGUGGCUUGCACUUGUUCUCACAGUUACAGUGGGACUGACGUGAAACGGCUUCUUCGAGACACUCUCCCUCACAAAUAUAGACACACAUUUUCCCCAUACAAAACACAUCUGAAUAUGCACACAGAAAAAAACAUACAUACAGUUCAAAGACCUUCCACAAUCCUGCAAGCCUUCUCCAGUCAUCAACAGACCCUCUUGUCAUCUGUCAAACAAGAAACAGUGCCACCACGUGAUGGUACUUUGUUUUAUAACAAAAUUAUAUUCAAGAUAAUAUAAAAAGAACAAUGUGGUGAACUUCACAGUUACCACCUCCUAUAUAGUUCCAUUCGAUUACUUUUUUGUUCCUUGUCCCAAGUCUGCCUGUUGAUAAAAAAAAAAUCUGAUGAUUUAAAACAGAAGAAAAAAAGUAUUUGGAUUUUAUUUUCAUGAGUCACAAUAUUAUUGGUGUUUUGUGAAAUGUGGACAAAUGGAACUGGCUUUGACUGCACCAUCCUAUCAACCACUCCCAUCUGUUACAUGAUGUCCUGGAAUGGACCAGAUUAGCAACAAGCUGAAACAUGAUGGAAGUACAGACUUCCAGAUGCUCCGAG